GAUUUCAUCCAAUUUUUUUAUCUUCAAUCACAUGUUCGAAAAAAUGGAUUGAAAGUAGAAUCAUCUGCCGUACUAGUUUUUCUUCUUGGUUUUUCUCUGUUGGCUAAAAUCUUCUAAAUCAUGAUAUAAUUGUUUUCUUGCUGAACAAAAAUGAAAUAAAUUUAAAAUGUUUGAUCUUGAAGAAAAACCGCUUCCGGUAUCCCUAAAAGAUGAUAAGAUGGAGAUGAAACUCUUCGUUAGGGACUGGCUUUAUCACCAUAGCCCUGCGUUCCGUGAAAAUGACGAAGAGUUCAUCGCCAAACUUGAGGAAUACAGAAAGGAGUUGUUCCGAAAGACAGUCGAGCUUUCAAAGCAGAGGCCGCAGAAGGAUAUACCAAAGUCUAACAUAAAAGACCGCUUCUCGAAGACGCUCACGCUGCCUGAAACGGUCUUGACUAUCCAGAUUCCGAAAGUCGAGCAGAAGCGAUGGAAACAUGAAAACGAAAAGUACAUACCCGUCAUCGUCACGGAUCUUCUUCACGCUCCGCAGAAGAAGGUCAAGUUUAACAAGGAGAACAAAGAUUCUGUAAACAUAGUUCCAACAAGGGAAAGCAUAAAUAUCGACACAUCCGACACGACGUCUCAAUUGACUACUUUAUCCGAGAUUGAAGGUGAAGAUAAAGUUAAAAUCGACGAAGUGAAAGAAGAAGAAAACCAGAAAGAUAGUGCCGAAAACGAGCCAGCGCCCAUAAAAAAGAAAAGGAAGAAGGAAUUUGUCUGGCUUGUUAACGCACGCAAACUAAGGGCACUGCUGAAGAUUCUGGUUGUUCACAAAAAUGAUGGUUUAAGCGAGUUGUUAAAAUUUUUAAAAAGAAACCACAUUACAAAUAAUUACGCAGUAACCAAAUUGAAGACUCCGGAACAGAGCACAGCAGAAAAAUUCAUCGUGGAACAACUGCAGAAUGUUAAACUAGAUCUCAACAACCUUCUUGAUUGUAGUAAAUGUUUAAGUUAUUCAAGAAAAGUGUACCGUCAGAAAAUCCGUCGGCGCAUUCUGGAAAUUACAGACUCUAUAAAAUCAGUCGUACGAUCCUGUCUGAUCAGAGCGUCGAGGGGAGUAACUUUAGAUCCAAUAAACCUUUACAACAGGCUUCAAAGAAUAGAGUCUAUGUACACCACUCUCUACAGGGACGAUAUUCACACGAUACUUAAAAAUACACCCUCCGUAGACAAAAAGAAAAAAGUCUCCUUGAAAACGCACAAAGUCGUUAAAGUAGAAAAAGAACAACUCACGGGUACUGUGUACGUGCCCCCAGCCGAACCGGUUAGAGACAUUAAAGAAUGCAAAUCGGAUUUGAUCUGCAUUGUGAAAAAGAAAAGCAAACCGAAUCUCAUUAAGUCUUCGUCAAUGCCGACAAUUGAAAAAAUCCAUUUUCCUUCGUUACUUGCAGCAAGCAGCAAACAAUUGCAGGAGACGGCCGAAGUCGACCAACACGCCCUGGAGAAUUUCAUGAUAGAAAUCGAAUGCAUGGUUAUGCAGAAAUUGAACGAAGUUUUGGACACGGAUGCCAUCAUAGAACAGAAGUCUUCUGAAAAACAACCGUCGAAGAAAUUCGUGAGAAUAGAGGAGCUCAACAAGGAGUUGUCCAUCGGAGAAAAGUCCGCCAUAAAAGAAUCGAGCGAAGUCGCCAGCCUCAUUGAAACUUGGGACAGCAUCGUAAUCGCCAAAGAAAAGCUUCAGGGCCCUGAUUUCGAAGAAUGGACUAAACCCAACUUCAACGAAAGAUUACCCAAGGCCGAAGACAGCUUGCUCGUGCUCUCGAAGAAGCUCAAUGUGUCGUUGAAGUUCCACACCGUAACACCGAGGGUGAGGACGCCCUACGAUUCGCGGACCGACCUGAACCUAAACGUUUCCCGCACGUGUGCACACCUCGACCUUCUGAACAUGGACACUUCUGCUGACGAAAUCAUCAAACCUUCCUUGAUGAUAAAAUCACAAGCCGCCAACGAGAUAAAACCGUUGGACAUAAUCAAAAGACCUUCAAAAAUGGUUCUCGACCGUCGAAAAGCUCCCCAGGGAAAAAAACCGUUUCAUCCCACGUGGGUACCUUGAGCUCAUUUUCGUUCUUGUACCUUGAAAUCAGUCAUUCCUUCAAUCGGUCAACUACCGGGCAGCUGCCUCCACCCCAAAAGCGAAUAAGAUUAAACUUUCGAAUUUUGA